AUGAACGGAGCAACUGCUAAUGGUCACUAUGACGACAAUGACGGUCUUUUGCGUGACAUGUCAACCAACACACUCAUGAACCGGGAGCAGCAACUACGUGACGAGAUUGCCCGAUUGCGACGUGAAGAACAAGAGCUGCGUGAAAAAGAUCUGUGGAUCAAGCAAAACAUUGUAGCCGUGAGGGAAAAGAUGAUGAUGGUUUCAGACAGACGUUAA